GUGGGCACAGGUGUGUGGCACUUCUGGGCACAGGUAGGUGGCACUUCUGGGCACAGGUGUGUGACACUGCAGAGUGGCACAGGUGGGUGCACUUCUGGGCACAGGUGUGUGACACUGCAGAGUGGCACAGGUGGGUGCACUGCUGGGCACAGGUGGGUGCACUGCUGGGCACAGGUGGGCGGAACUUGCGGGUGGCACUGCUGGGCACCGAUCAUCAGGGCACUGAUCAUCAGUGCCCUGAUGAUCGGUGCCGAUCCCCGCUCUGACAACUGCCGGUUCUCGGCAGUACUUUCCUCACGAUCUGACAGCGUGAGGAAAGUGCAGCCGAGAACCGGCACUUGC